GUAGUAUUACAUACAACCCCAUCACAUCUCCUGAAUGAAAAGCUUACCUUAGGUGGAUCCCCGAUUCGCGCAUUGUCCACGCAUGAGACGAAUUUUGUCAUGUUUCGGUGGACAGCGGUGGACACGGCACGUGAGGAGUCCCUAGUAUAUGGAUGUCCGCACUGUUUAAAACCCACAAUUGGCAUUGUGGAUCAGGUCGCUGUGGGUUGACUGUCUUACGUUCUUAUUAUGAUGGUCACAGUCCACAACCCGCUAUGUGACUAUAUAAUUGCAACCCAAAUCAACAUUACUAUCAGUCAUCCCAUCUUACAUAUCUAUCAACAUGUCUUCUCUACUCUCGAAGUUGUUUGAUGCACUAAAGAUCUCAACCCCUGAUUCAAUUAGACAACGACCGAUUAAACUUGUCCGUCCGAAGAAGCAGCCUAAUCCCCAGUUCUACGGAUACGCGAUCUCUCACGAAUGGCUUGUCCGGUUUGCGGAGCAACACUGCCCAGAAAAAUUACGCGAUCGUAAUUCCGAAGGCUAUAAAACCCAUGCCAUGGUGCGAGGAUACAUACACCUUGUGUAUUUCACGGGCAUCAACAAUCUAGACACCAUCGCCUGCUUCAAUCUCAUGGAGGGUGCCUCAGUGCCCUCAGAGUGGAUCCCCGUGUCUAAUGGCGACUACGACGACGUGCUCUCCGACGAAGAAAUUCUGGCUUUUCAGAUUCAGACAGUUCACGUGCUCACUGUGUGUUCGGAUGAAGAGGAGUGUUUUAAAGACCGUCCUAUUCAGGAACAGAUGGACUACCUUACCGAGUUGGUCGGGCAUGGGCCGCGGUGGUGGAUGGGUUGUAAGAGUUCAUAUUGA